CUAGCCACCCCCCCAAACUCACUAGCCCCCCCUUUUUCAGGCCUGUACUACGUGGACAGCGAGGGCACCCGCGUCCCCGGCUCCGCCUUCGCCGUGGGCUCCGGCUCCUCCUACGCCUACGGGGUCCUCGACCGCGGCCUCCACCCCCCCCAGGGUUCAGUGGCCACCGACCCCCAGGGGUCGGUAGCCACCCCGGGGGGGUCGCUGGCCACCCCCGAGGCCGCCUGGGAGCUGGCGAGGAGGGCGAUUUACGGGGCGGCCCGGAGAGACGCCUACUCGGGGGGAAACGUCCUCGUCCUGCACGUGGGGCCACAGGGCUGGGAGCAGGUGUCACUGCACAACGUGGCCGAGCUGCAGGACAUCUAUGGAGAGUAA